GCGCGCCUCAACUCUACACAGCACUUCAGAGGCGAGAAGCCGAGCCGCAUCCCCCCUUGUUCCGGACGGAACUCCGGCCUCCGCGCAUCGUUUCCGCAAACUGAACCCGGUACCGGAUGAAAGGACGAAAAUGGAAGGAUGGAGGGAUUUUUUUUUUUUUUGUGGUACAGUUGAAGCUUCCACGUAAUUGGGACUGAACAGCUCUGCGUAAUUGGCCAGCGGAAGUUUGUGAGGCAGCGCGCGCAGUCCAAGCAACUUUGCCAAGGUCUAUUUUUAGAAUCGUUUAGUUUUAUGUUCUUUGUUUUCUUUUAUCGCUGUUAAAAUACAAGAAAAAGAACCUGAAGAAAAAGAGAAAAAGAAAGUCAAGUAGAUACACGUCCUAAAAUGUAUCCAUAGGUGAUGCGUUUUAAAGGGAACGUUUCAAGCGCAAAGCAAAAGAUCCGCCUUUUGACGCCGGGGUUUUUUAUUUCUGUCAAUGGAGAGCAAAUGAGACGCUUAUUUCCACGGUUUGAUUGACAGCUCGACGACAGGCAGGAUGCGGGAGAGGGAGCUGUGGUGCGUGGGCAAGAGAGUGCUGCUGCUUGGCGUCUGCCUGCUGUCUCUAUGGGGGCAGCUGAGCCUGGCCUCCUCACACCGCAGCCACAUUGUACAUGUCAAGGCAGGAACCUGUGAGGUCAUAGCAGCGCACCGUUGUUGUAACAAGAACAAAAUCGAAGAGCGUUCUCAAACUGUCAAGUGCUCCUGCUUUCCCGGACAAGUCGCCGGCACCACCAGAGCAGCCCCCUCCUGUGUGGAUGCAUCUAUAGUAGCACAGAAGUGGUGGUGCCAGAUGCAGCCCUGUAUGGAGGGUGAGGAAUGUAAGGUGCUGCCAGAUCUUAAAGGUUGGAGUUGCAGCACUGGGAACAAAGUCAAGACGACCAGGGUCACACGGUAGUCUGCGUUAAGGAUAUCUGGAACCAUCACUUUAGAUCAUAUAAUGGAAAUGCAGGAUCCAGGACUUGAAGACUGCUUGAGGACAGUGAAAAUGAUGUAUUUGGAUUUCAGUGGAAUAUCAAUAUCUUUAUAAAUGGAAACUCUCAAACAGAACUUCUUUGCUUUCUCCGGGACAGCCUUCCAAACGUUCAUUCAUGUUUUAUAAAUACAGAACAAGAACUUUCAUCAUGUAACAUUUCGUGUUCACCAAGACCUAGACAUACUGACAAUAGAGCAGUAUGCUAAUCCAGAGAUGUCGUGACACUCUACAGAACUACUGAUCUCAUUUUUCUUUCUUUCCUUCUUUUUUCUUUUUUUUUUUUUGGAGAUUACAUCAGGCUUGAAAAGUUCAUUAACUAUUUGAAGUGUAUGUGUUCCACAUCUGAUUGUGUUCCCUUAUCCAUCCCCUAACAUUUAACGCUUCGUUCUUCUUUUAUAGAAAGAUUUUUGAUCUUUGUGAGGUGUUUACUUUUAAGGACAAACUCAGAGCACUUCUGUUUUGAAAUGAACUUGUGCCAUUGAAAGAAGUACAUUAAGUAUUAAAAAAUUAUAAGACGUCUAAUCUAUGAUGGUUGGAGUGUGGCACUGAAAAUUAAUAGAACUUUGCAAUCACAGAUUUGCUGUUUGUUUAAUAGAAAAAAAAAAACCAGUGACUGCUAUUGAGUAAAAAGUGUAAGUAUUAUCUUAAAUAAAAGUCUCUAUGGGAAACCUCCAUACACUAUUUUGAAAGAAUUUAAAAGGAGACACACCGAACACUGACACAGCAUUUCUUAGAACUGUGGAAGUAACUAUUUUUAAACGUACUGCAAUGCCAUGCUGCAUUAAGAUGCAUAGCCAUUUUCAUAAAGUCUUGCGCUGAUGCUACUGUUUUUCAUAUAAAGUAAUAAAUGCCAUUUAACUGUCAAGAUUAUCACAAAAUUAUGGUAAUAUCCUAAGCAAGACUGGCACACAUUCUUUUCUGAAAGACGCUCUAUGAAGAUGCUACAUUGUCAGUCUAUGAUUCGCAAAGUGCUUAUGCAGCUAUCACAGAGCACUUCAGACUAAAUUGUGGAAGACAGAGGUAAGGCUAUUAGCAUAAUACCAUUAGGCAGUACUUCUGCCUGGCUAAUUUACCAUUAGAAUUACCGGCAGU